AUGUGGAAGGGUAUUGUGUUAAGGUAUAAAAAUGUGAGUGGUCAUGUUACAUUCAAAAUGAAUGAUAUAGAGUUUAAAAAGUUACAAAUGAAAUGGAAUGAUAUAAACAUAAAUUUUAAUAUGUGUGAUGUAGUUCCAAGUAAUAAGAGUAAUAAAGAAAAGUUAGAAAUAAAAAGUCUUAAUUUAAUAAAACAUAUGAAUAAAAAUAAAUACGAUUUUGUAGUAUUUGGUAUUGGAUAUGUUGAUUAUGAUAAAAUUUUAAAAACCUUUAAUAGAGCCAAUUUAAUUCAAAGAAGAAUGAUUGAUUCUAUUCAUGUGAAUUUAAAAAAGGUGAAUGGUCAAUAUAUAUCAAUAAUACAACAAUGUUUAUUAUUAAAUAUACCACACUUUUGUUUAGGUAGGGAUAGAUUAACAGAAUUGACGAGUAUAGGAACAGCAUUAUUUAGUAGUCCUAAAGAAAUACUAUCCAUUUUGUAUUACUUUCUUAUUAACAGUGAAGACGAAAUGACAAAAAGGGAAUUAAAACAAGAAGACACAAUAAAAAAUAAAACAAAAAAUAAUAAUAAUAAUAAUAAUGAUAAUAUGGAAUAUAAUUUAGAAUAUAAUUCACCAAAUUUUUAUAAAGCCUUAAUUACAGAAAAUGCUCUUUAUUUGUUAUAUAACCUUCAUGCUAGUUUAUUAAAAAUAUUAAAAUCAAAAUAUUAUAAUCCACCAUAUGUUAAUAAUAGUGAACAGUAUGAUAAAUAUAUGAAUUAUGGAAAGGAAAAAAAAAAUAAUAAAUAUUAUAAACAAAAGUUCUUAUCAUUUUUUAAUGAAACUACAUAUGACAAAAUAAAUAUGUUAAGAAAUCAAAUAAAGAAAUCAGAAAUUUAUAAUGAUUUUUAUAUACCUGCAGAAAAAAAAAAUGUAAAUAUUUUAAUUAUAUGUGAUAGUGUAUGUAUAGAUUAUUUUUAUCAUUUGGUUCAAACUAAUUUACCAUAUUGGCAUAAUGUCAAUCCUUUUUAUAAUGAAUUAUUUUCAUUAGAAAAAAAAAAUACAUAUAAAUUUACUCUUUCUAUAUUUCUAUUUAUAAUUGCUCCAAUAGCUUGGACAUUAACAUUUUUAUUAAAAUGGUUCUACAAUUUAUGGAUAGAAUAUUUUACUAAGGGUAAAAUGAUAACUGUAGGAGGAGAUGCCUUUUUUAAUAAUUCCAAAUUGAUUGAUCUUAAUGAUACAAAUCAAAAUAUACAAGAUAAUUAUAAACAAUUCUUAAAUACAUUAAAUAAUGAUAAGGCUCAAUUCGAAACCAUUAGUUUACUUGGAGGAUUAUUACAGUGGUAUAAAAAUAAAAGUAGAAACUGA